AAACUUAGAAAGGUGCUAUUUUGGUUAUUUUAGUUUUUGAGUGCUAUUUUUGUGAUAUAAACUUAGAAAUGUGCUAUUUUGGAGAUUUGCCCUUCUUUAUUGGCAAAAGCAAGACUAAAAGUCAGCAACAUCUAUCCCUAUAUACACCUCACAUCUUAUUCCUUCUCAUUCACAAACAAUAACCAAACACAUGGCUCUCACAAAAAUCUCCUUAAUCCUUUUCCUCUGCCUCUUAGGUUUCUAUUCUAAAACCGUUAAAGCUCAGAACUGCGGUUGUACCUCGGGCCUAUGUUGUAGUCAGUACGGUUAUUGCGGUACUGGACCCGACUACUGUGGUUCAGGUUGCCGAUCAGGUCCUUGCACUGGCACCCAAGGUGGUAAUCUUGGUACCAUUGUGUCACAAGCUUUCUUUAACAAUAUUAUCAACCGAGCUGAUAAUGGCUGUGCCGGGAAAAGAUUCUACACACGUGAUUCUUUCAUUAGUGCCGCUAAUACGUUCCCCAACUUUGCUAACUCCGUUACUAGGCGUGAAAUUGCGACUAUGUUUGCUCAUUUCACCCAGGAGGUUGGAUAUUUCUGCUACAUUGAAGAGAUCAACGGAGCGUCAAGAAACUAUUGCGACGACAAGAAUUUCCCACAAUACCAAUGUGCACCAGGCAAAACCUACUACGGUCGUGGUCCGAUUCAGUUAUCAUGGAACUACAACUACGCACAGUGUGGUCAGAGUCUCGGUCAGGAUCUUCUACGUCAGCCCGAGCUAGUAAGCAGCAAUCCAACUCUAGCUUUCCGGACAGCUUUGUGGUUUUGGGUGAAUAACGUAAGGCCGGUACUGAACCAAGGAUUUGGAGCCACCAUUAGGGCCAUCAAUGGAGACUUAGAGUGUAAUGGUAGGAGUCCAGAUAAGGUUAAUGCAAGGAUUAGCUACUACAGAGACUAUUGUGGGCAGCUUGGUGUGGACCCUGGUCAUAACCUUAGAGCAACUCCAAUGGUGUUACCCACCAUUGGAGUCCUUAGCUAUAUAAUAUAUAUUUUUUUGCUUUUUAAAUAGUUAAGGACUUUUCUCUAAAAUAUAUGUGCAAUGGUGUUACCCAAUAUGAAAUCCUUAAGAAAAAAAAUAUUAAAUUUGUAAAA